AUGGAUACAAAAGAUGACCGGAUGCUUCACAUUGGAAUUGGAUCAGUGGGGAGAGGAGAGAAAAGAUUAUUCAUCAGUCCUGGAAACGGUUCUCAGAGGGUCAGCGAUGUAUUCAGCGGAACAAAGGGAACAAUUACUGGUAAGAAGAAAGGUCGAUCUACUCACUGACACCCGUAAAUGGCGCGAUUCCAUCCAAUUUACUGAGGGAUCAGCGUAAAAAUAUUCUGUAAUUGCGUUCCAAAUAACAUGACAACGUUAUGUGAAAUUAUGAUGGAAAAUUAUGCAACAUCAAAAUAUAUUCAUAAGAGGGGUUCCGAGUAAAUUCAAAAAUUUUCGCCCAUCACACUCAAUCACAAAUUUCGCCCAUAUCGAUUUUUUUCUGCACUUUACAAGGCCCACAAUGGGCUAAAAAUUUUCAAGGUGGGAAUAAUUCUUGUCACGAUACCGUUCAGAACAAAUUUUAUCCUGUCUUAGGCUCUGCACAUUUCUGAACUAUCAGUCUGUCGGGAAAAUAACAGAGCGUCGUCGCGCCUUAGAAUCGCCCAUCAUCGCUUUGCGACGACGGCUGCAGAUUUGGUGCGCGAAUACUUUGUAUAGCGCCAUAAAGUCCGUAGAAUUUUUUCGGUGACGUCGCGGGGUGCGCUCGCUGAAAAGUGCAUGUCGCUAGUGCAAAAACGGCAGCUUUUCUUCAGAUCUUGCAUGCCCAUCAGGCAUGAACUAAAUAUCAAUUCUUGAAAGUUUUAGCUCGCAUUUUGCAAGCGCCACCGAGAUAUCGAACGAUCUUUGCCGCCGUGAGAGUACGGUAAACGCGGAGAGCGGUCACAAAGGAAAGCACUUUUUGGCCAUAACCUUGCUAGUUUCGUGCAAAAAAAAAUGAUUUUUUGUGGAGACCUUACUUAUGGGAGAAAUAAGAAUGAAAGUUUUUGUGCCGAAAUUCGGGAAAAGGUGUUAAAUUUUCGCCGACUUUCGAUCUAAAAAUUUAGAUUGUUUCUGCAAAGCGCGAACAAGGAUUCUCGCAUGUCUUUUAGAAGAAGUCAGUCUAAAUUUGCGCCAAGUUUCAUCAAAAUCUGAGCGUCGCACUUGGGGUACGUUCCCUGUAAGUUUUACAUCAUCAACGAUUUUUCAGAAUCCUUCCAUGAUUUAUGUCAGAUUUGA